GCCUGGAGGCGAGGAGAGUUGCCUGACCCUGGGGUUGUGCAGGGCGGGAGGAUCAGUCACCCCCAGCCUUCCCCAGGCUCGGCGGGAUGGACUCGGCAUUACCUGAUCAAGAAAGCAGCCUCAAGUCAAGGUCUCCUUCAGUGAGGAGUACACCCCGGCUGCUCCCCCAAGGCCUUUUGCGCGCGUGUAGCCAGGCUGUGAGCCUUGGGGAGACGCAAGCCAGCGGAAGGAAAGAAAGAAGGGACGCCAGUAAAAGCCCACGUUUAUUCGCGCUCUUGAGCGCCUUAUAGGUUAAACCUUCCAAGCACUUCUGUGAUCAAAGCCACAUAAUGUCAGUAGUUCGUUCAUCCGUCCAUGCCAAAUGGAUCGUGGGGAAGGUGAUUGGAACAGCAAUGCAAAAAACAGCUAAAGUGAGAGUGACCAGGCUUGUUUUGGAUCCCUAUUUAUUAAAGUAUUUUAAUAAACGAAAAACCUACUUUGCCCAUGAUGCUCUUCAGCAGUGCACAGUUGGGGAUAUCGUGCUUCUCAAAGCUCUACCUGUGCCACGAACAAAGCAUGUGAAACAUGAACUGGCCGAAAUCAUUUUCAAAGUCGGACAAGUCAUAGAUCCAGUGACCGGAAAACCCUGUGCAGGAACUACCUACCUGGAAAGCCCAGUCAGCUUGGAAACCACCUGCCAAACUGAAAAUCUAGAAGAACUGAAUAGCUCUUCAGCACAGUGAAGGAAGAUUAGAAGGAGCCAAAGGGAAAGAUUUAUAAGUUUGCCUUAUAGAAAAAGAAAUGUUUCUAAAUUUCAUUACAAACUGUCCAGUUUCUCUUCUGGUAUUUAUGGAAUAGCUAAAAGGAAAUGAAGUAAAGGCCUUGUUAGAAUUUUCCAUGAGUUUAAGGCCAUGUUUGAAAUUUCCUUUUCAUUGGACAUACUUACCUCUUACAGGAAGUAUACCUAGUAAUCCCCUGCAUUGUUUUGUAAGCUCGCUGUUUUAGAAGAUGUAUCUUUUUUUUCAUUCAACGGAAUCUGGAAUUUAUCUUAGAAUCUUUAUUUGGGGAGGAAAAAACCUUUUGAUAUCUUAAAACAGAGAAGACCGCCAAAAAUCAGUGAAUAUUUAUUUUUGGUGGUAUAUAUUAAAAGUUAAUUAAAAAUUGUUUCUUUGAUUUAACCAGUUACAAAUGGAAAUAAUCAACAGUCUGAUUGGGGUCAGACCUUAUCAGAUUAAAUAGUAAGAAUGUUGACAUAUGAAAAAUAAAACUUGAAAAUUCUGUGUCACUUUUUCUUUUAUCCUGUAUUCUAGAGUAUAUUCAAUAGGACUGAGUUAAUAAAAUCUGAUAGUGAUGAAAUUGUAGAGUUCCUCAUACUGUGCAUUUGAGUUGGAGAGUUUGAGUUUUGUUGCUGUUUAUUAAUAAACUAUGAACCUAGAUUUUGA